AUGCGCCACAUUGUGCCCAACAUCAACACAUCGCUUGGUCGCCACUUGUCUAGCCCCGAAGAAGCCCUGGUGUACACACUGGCACGCUCUGACAGCCACGAAACGUUUGAGCGCAACUUGGAAAAACUAACAUUGAUGAACUCAGAUCAAAAAGUGCAAGCUGGCCUGACGACUCAAUGA